AUGGCCUUCUUGGCGUGCUUGUGCCGAUGUCCUCAGGACGAGGACGACGACGACAAGGAGGGGGAGCAGUUCAGAAUCAAUCGCCAAGUCGCCUCAGUGGACUACUCAAAAUCUUCUGAAAGCAGCCCAUUGAAUACUGAGAGAGUGGCGCAUAUGGAAGGAGCCCAGCUAAUUGGUAGACAUGAGGAAGCAACAAUCUUCACGUUGCGUCAGCUUGCUGAGGCUACCAAAAAUUUCAGGGAGGACUAUCUUUUGGGGCGAGGAGGAUUUGGUUGUGUCUACAAAGCAACUCUUAGUAAUGGGCAGGUUGUUGCAGUCAAACAACUUGAUCUAAAUGGGUUCCAAGGGAACAGAGAAUUCCUUGUGGAGGUUCUCAUGCUCCACCUCCUGCAUCACCCUAAUCUAGUCAAUUUGCAUGGCUACUGUGUUGAUGGUGAUCAGCGCUUGCUCGUUUAUGAGUAUAUGCCAUUGGGAUGUCUAGAAGACCAUCUACAUGAUCUUGCACCUGAUCAAGAACCUCUAGAUUGGAGAACACGGAUGAAGAUAGCUGCUGGGGCAGCUUCUGGUUUGGAAUACCUACAUGAUAAGGCAAAUCCUCCAGUUAUUUACCGAGACAUUAAACCAUCAAACAUUCUCCUUGGCGAAGGGUAUCAUGCAAAAUUGUCCGACUUCGGACUUGCUAAGCUUGGUCCUGUAGGUGACAAGACUCAUGUGACAACACGUGUCAUGGGGACACAUGGUUAUUGUGCUCCUGAAUAUGCCUUAACUGGACAGCUGACAGUGAAGUCUGACAUCUAUAGCUUUGGCGUCGUUUUCCUUGAGCUAAUUACAGGUCGAAGACCACAAGACAGUGAUCGGCCUCCUGAGGAACAAGACUUAGUUGCGUGGGCUCGUCCAUUGUUCAAAGACCAAAAGAAGUUUCCCAAGAUGGCUGAUCCUUUGUUGCGGGGCCGCUUCCCAAGUAGGGGUUUAUAUCAGGCACUGGCUAUUGCAGCAAUGUGUUUACAGGAGAAAGCUAAAAACCGGCCUCCCAUUAGGGAAGUUGCCGCAGCUCUCUCUUAUGUAGCAUCACAAACAUAUGACAGGAACAACAGUGCUGCCCGUCGUAACCGUGCUGGCCCUUCAACAUCAAGAGUUCUGGAUGAUCAGAUUGGCCAGGACACCACAUUGGCCAAUCAACACGGAGCUCAGAUGUCUAUGCAUGGCCAGACAAAUCACGUCAUGCCUGAAGUGAAGGAAACUUCCUGGAGUGGGAAUGGUUCACAUCGUGGAGGAAGGGGAAGAGUUACUCCAAAUGGCGCUGAUAGGGAGCAUGCACUUGCAGAUGCCAAUGUAUGGGCCAAGGCUUGGAGGCGCCAGGAGAAGGCAAGCAAAAUGCGAUUGUGA